CGCAUGUGCAUCCUCCAACACGUCAUUGCUGUUGUGCGGCUGGAGGCGCUGAUGUUAGUGGAGCAGUUAUUGGUGUGCUGUGAAACCCGACGGUCAUCCCGGGAGAUUGUUCCGGUAACCGACACAACGCCAAAUGGAUUUUUGCAUUCUGCACUUUUGUCCGAUGUAGCGGUGUCUGUCUUACUGUGUUUGAGAUGAAAGAGUAUUGCACUUGAGCCUGUGUAGUGGUGUUGCACUGCAGUAUCGGUGAGAGGCUCCCGCACAGAUUCUCCCAUUUUUUUUUCGGUGGUGGUCGAGCCUUGUGCCAUCCUGUGGUAGUGCCCCUUUGCGGUCUAGGUGCCGCUCCAUCGUGACAGGAAGGGAAGUCUCGGAAUCUCAGCCAACUGAGAAAAACAGGACUCUCUGUCACGUAGGGAAAUGGACCAUCCGAAACAGUAGGAGAACAAGUGCAUUGUACAUUCCCACAGAUUGUCUUCCCUACGGAAAACACGGCGGCAUACCAGGGAACAGAACACCUCCACCCAUUUUCUGCGCAGGCAGAGUUGACCUGUCGGCUGCCUUUAUUUUUGUCAUGGGAAUUUACACUCUUCGUUAAAACAUGGCCUUGUGACAAAACAGUGGAGAUUACCGUCGCUAAAUAAUUAAGAUAUGCAACUUAGUCCCAGCUCUUGUAAUAUAUGAACUUUCCAAGUGAAUAAUGUGACUGAAAAGGCCAUGAUGUUUUUGUGCUUUUGGUUCUCACUGUUUCAGUUUCUCUGUUUUUUUAAGAGUUUGAACCAUGGGUUCUUGCUAUUGGGACUCCAAACAGCCACUAUGCCUUCAAGGUUUACCUGACUUGUUUCAGUAAACAGUACUUGCUGUGCACUCCUACAGUUGCUGCACCACGUCUUUGUUCUUCACUUCAUUCUGUUCCUCCUCUGUUUUCUAAACAUCCUUAAUAGUUUGCCAGUUUGGAGCGUUUUACAUGUUCUUGAGUAGGAGGCUGUGCUCCUUAUAUUCACUUGGACAUUAUUACAGUGAUAUAGGAAGAAGAAUCCUGCAGUUGUUUUGCUCAGCUAAGAUAAGUCUGACAGCACUCAAGAAAAAACGAAGGUGGACGGGGCUUCAAGAAUAGAGCACCAAUGCAAGAUUACCAAGCUGACAGAGAAGGUGGAGGCUGAGGAGAUGUUUCUUUUUUUAAGGCUUGUCUGGGACCAGAACUUGCAUGUUUUUUUACCUUCUCUUUUAAGUUGUGUUAAUCUGUGUUAAAUAACAGGGCUGGAUUUUUAACCCUGGGACACACUUACUUUAAUGGGAAUGUUGCCCAUGGAGCCAGACAUCUGCAUCUCACCCUCUGAGAACUGGACACUUGAAUCUAUGUUAGGGAAUGGUUUGGGCAGUUGCCUUGGGGAACUGCACCAUGCUGUUGUAAGAGAAGAGUUUGGGCAUACUCUGUCCUUAGUGGCACAGAACCCUGAAUAUGGAGAUGGGAAGUGCAAGGAAUCUAACUUGAUGGUCCUUGAUACCAUCUCUGCAGAUGCACUUAAAUUUAGUUUAGACCAUGUUGACCAAGGUUCGCCACAGAGACUCAUUAGUAAUGAGAAUUCAGUCAAGAGUGGCAGUUGGGAUUAUCUGAUAUUGAACCGAAUGGACCCAGAUUGGCAGCAUGAAGCUGAGACAGAAGACCCUACACCUAUUGCUGCACUUGAGGAUGUAAACAGAACUGAUUCUUUGCUUUUGGAAGAUGAUGCUUAUUUGAGACCUUCAUCUGAUCAGGAUUUAUUACAAACCAGUGAACGUGAAUGUUUAGAUCUAGAACAGAUCUUGGUGCUCACAGAAUUUCAGGUCCAUGUUUCUAGGCCUAACACACCAGACCAGAACCUGGAUAUCUGUAAAGGGGACCAGCCCAUACCACAGAUUGCAGAGAGUUUUAAGCUUGGAGGGGAUGCUGCAAGCUACACAAAAGACUGUAAUUUAUUACUGGAAGUAGCAGAUUGCAGUCUUACUCAAGAUACAAGUACUUGCACUGAGACUCAGGGUUUUCCUUUGAGUGGAAGUGGGUCUUCCCCUCAGAUUAGCAACAGAGAGGGUUGUAAUCCAGAACUGUCUUAUACUGUGACCAAAGAGCCUCCAGGUUCCCCAUGUGCAGGACUGUUGCAUCAGCAAGCUCCAAAUACUGGUUUGUCUUCAGAUGUGUCAGAGGACCAUCUCUUCACUGCUGAUGGCUCAUUUCAUGAUAGUUGUGAUACAACAACAUCCCUUACUGAAUAUACAGUACCUGGAUGUACUGCAGAUUUAGUAGAUGAUUUUUCUAUUGGAUUAAUGUCAUGCAAGUCACUGGAUGAUAACAUGGAUGCUAUUGGUGCUGAGGUGGAUGUCUCCAAACUCCAAGCAGUGUUUGAAGCUCUGGAUCGUGACGGAGAUGGUUUUGUGAGGAUUGAAGAAUUUAUACAGUUUGCCACAGUGUAUGGAGCUGAACAGGUGAAGGACCUCACAAAGUACCUAGACCCCACUGGACUUGGAGUUAUCAGCUUUGAAGAUUUUUAUCGUGGUAUUGCUACUAUAAGUAGUGGAGAUCCAGACAGUCAGUUAUAUGAUAUGGGAUACAGCAAUGAAGAAGAUUCACCAGUCUGCAUCGAUGACUUUGAUGAAUUUGUCACAUACGAGUCCAAUGAAGUAACAGACAGUGCAUAUAUGGGCUCAGAGAGUGCCUACAGCGAAUGUGAGACUUUCACUGAUGAAGACACGGGCGCACUGGUACACCACGAGUUACCUUUUGAAGUAGAGAAUGACAGUGCCAUUGACACUGUACUGCAUUCUGGCAUUAUUAAUGGGAGCUCCUUACUGCCCCCUUCUGACAAGUCUCAGCAUGACAACGAGAUCCCAAAUUCCGACUUCCACAAUCACUCCAUUGUGACAAUAGUUAGUGGUGAGGAGCAUUUUGAAGAUUACGGAGAAGGAAUUGAAGAAUUUAUCUGUAAUAAUUUGUGCCAGAAUGGGGAGACAAGCAUCGACUGCAUAAAUGAAGAUUCAUUUUUGCUGUCACCAAGCACCGAUUCAGUUGCUGCUAAGCUACGUAGCAUUCUGGUUGAUGAAGCACACGAAUUCUACUGUAGCCAAUGCCACAAACAAAUCAACCGCCUUGAAGAUUUGUCUGCUCGCCUCAGUGAUCUUGAAAUGCAUAGCCCCAACAAGAGACUUUCUCGCAAGAAGAUAGCCAGACAACUCCAUCAUUCUCUUAUGGUUCACAACUUCGAAGAGCUCUCCAGAGAUAUCAUGGACCAGGAUGAGACAGACCUCGUAGAUAAGGUUGUCUACUUGGAAAAAAGGGUUACAGAGCUGGAGAAAGAAUCCACUGCAAAUGGAGAGCAACACAGUCGCCUGAAACAUGAGAAUCUGCAGUUAGUACACAGAGCAAAUGCAUUGGAAGAACAGCUGAAGGAGCAAGAGUCAAAAGCUGAAGAUACUCUGCAGGAUGAACUACGUCGGCAGAAGGAGAUUUUAAUGAAAGUGGAGAGGGAGCGAAGUAUAGAAAUUGAGAACCUGCAGGCCAGGUUACUGCAGCUUGAUGAAGAAAACAGUGAGCUGAGGUCAUGUGUACCGUGUCUAAAAGCCAACAUUGAAAGAUUGGAAGAGGAGAAACGAAAACUGCAGGAUGAGAUUGAAGAUAUCACUUAUCAACUAAAUGAAGAGCAGGAGAGCAAAAGGAAGUUAGCAGAUAAAUUGUCCCAUGAGCAGCACCAAUCUCAGUGCAACAGGGAAGCUACUCAAGAGCUGAUUGAAGAUCUGCGCAAACAACUGGAACAGCUACAGCUUUUUAAGUUAGAUGCAGAGCGUCGUGGCAGGUCUAACAGCUCUGGUCUACAAGAGUACAACUGCAAAACUCGAGAGGCCGAACUGGAGCUAGAAAUACGUCGUUUAAAACAGGACAAUCGAGCUUUGAAAGAGCAGAAUGAUGAGCUGAAUGGGCAGAUCAUAAACUUGAGCAUCCAGGGAGCAAAAAAUCUCUUUUCUCCAUCUUUCUCGGAGUCAUUGGCUGCAGAAAUAAGCUCCGUUUCCAGGGAUGAGUUAAUGGAAGCUAUUCAGAAACAGGAAGAGAUCAACUUCCGGCUGCAGGAUUACAUUGACCGAAUAAUUGUGGCUAUAAUGGAAAGCAAUCCUUCUAUUUUGGAGGUCAAGUGAAAAACUGUCCCUUUGCACAGCAAAGCUAUGAAUCUUGAAAGAAAAGUGCUCGAGAGUCUUUAAAGAGGUUGUCCCGUGGUGCCUAAUAAUAAGGAAGUCCACAUCAGGAUACAACAAUUAUGAACCCAAACUUUAAGGAAGAAAAAAAAAAGUGUAACAGAUUAUUGCUUGAUGUAAAUGUUUCUGUAUGUACGGAUUUCUCUUCACUCCCCGCACAGAGCACAUUGUCAUGGAGAUACUAGUGUUCUUGGCUGCAUCACUUCUACCAGUGGUCACAGUGCAGCAGGGUUUUCUGCAGUGGAGUAAUGACUGCAUCUUACUGAAGGAACUGGUACUACUGUAGAGAGCAUUUCUGAAUCAUUCCUGCUUGUGCAAUGUUACUGGGGUAAUGUGGGCACAAUUGGGUUUGAUUAUCUAACAAAGGCCUGGUUUUCAUGGCCUACAAAAGAUGUAUUUAUAAUGGAGAUGUAUAAAUUUAGAAGUGUAAAUACAUUUAUAGGCUUACAGCCCUGUAAGGUGACUCCACAAGACUGUGGAAGCCCAACAUAUGUAAUUGCUUUAGAAGUAAUUCAAAGGAGCAAUAAUAAUCGGUUUCUCUUAGUCAUGCCCCCCCCCCCCAGUUAUGCACAUUCCUCUUAAGAUAAGAAGCACACAUACACAGUGUCAUGUGUGUCUGCUGUUUGUCAGCCAGCACGACCAUGGCUGCUAGAUGCUUUCAUGCAGUCAGAAGAAGUGUUGGCUUGGAUGAGCAGUGAAUGGCUGUAAUUGGUUGGUUAUCUUGGCCUGCUGUGCUUUGUGUUUUGCUUAAUUGUGUAGCAUUGUCUAGUAAUCAGUCCAGGCAGCUUCCUCUUAUGAUACUGAUAACAGUGAAGGGUGGCAUUGCCUUAGGACUGUGGGUGCUAGCUCAAAGCUGACAUGGUCUGAACUUGAGGCCGUUAAAGCACUGAAAGGUAAGAAACAGUGAAAAGAGUAGGUAUGCCAUCUGUUUUCAGACUAAUUCAGCCAAGAGGUUUAUACUGUUGCUGCUGUGUUUUGUGUGUGUUUGUUUUUGUUUUUGAUUUAUGUUUUGAUUUUUUCAGGAGGCUUCCAGUAGUUUUGUGUUGUUUGCUGCAUUUCAGGUGCUCAUCAAGAAAGAAGGCCGGGUGUAUCUGCUGAAAGAGCUCACUUCAGUAAAUAUGAGGGCACAUAGUGCCUGAAUCAUCAGAUAUGGCCUGAGACUGUGAUUAGUCAUUCCUUGCUGUUGGGCAGAUGGAUCUUGCUCUUGGUAGAGGCAAGUAAAAUGCAGCAUCUUUGACUGCUGAUUGCUCAGGCCAUGCUAGACUUGCUCCUUCGUAGGAUUAAGCUGUACUGUAUAGAGUGUUUCUCCUUUUGCAUUAUUCAGUGCCCUUUCACAGCUAACUACAUCAGGGAGUAAAACAUCUUUACUGUCAUAACACAACUCCUUUUCCUAGGAUGGUAGGGUGAAGUAACCAACUACUGAUCUCUUAGGAGUAUUUUUGAGGAAACCUAAACCGUACCAUUUGGGAAGAGAUUUGCAAUUUACAUCCUCCAUGUUUUAACUAUCCCCAACUUUACUGUAGGACACAUCAUAUCAAAAAGCUGAGCUGGGAUGUGAACAAAGUAAGGUACUCAAAAUGCUAAAGUUGGGCUGUCUUCAUACAGUAGUGAUGGGUAUGCCAGCUUCUUUAAAGGAGCUGGGUUAAAAGAUGGAGAUAAAUACUUGUCUCAGGCCAUUGGUAUAACUGUAAUAAAGUACUGUGCUUAAAAAUAUUUUUGGUUUAUGAAUGUUUUCAUUCCAGAUGAAUUGCAUUCAUUCUUCUGAUUUGCAAAUAAUGCUGUUUAAUGGAUUGAAGAAGUGGAGCACAUGAUGUCUAUACACAGUCAUCCUGCCUUCUGAUAAAUGUGGAGCUUCCAUGGAUCAUGUCUUCACCAUCCCGUCUUACCAUAUGGGCUGUGCAUUGGAGAUACUAAACUUCAUGGUCAUCACAUGAUGUGCACAGCACAUGCACAUUGUUUAAGAAUGCUAUUUCUUGUUGCUACCUCCUGAUUUUGUCAGGCAGAUCAGCUGUCCUUGUCCAAUGAGAGGUGACCAAAUUUGUUCAUGUAAUGCAAGUAUGUUUUGUAUUCAGCUGUGCAAGUUUUUGUUAAGUGUUUCUUUAUGUCCUUGUGGCACUGAGGUAGAUGUCCAGAUUUAUUCCUGUUCUGCCAUAAUAAUUUUGCAGAGUAUAAUGUAGUUGUUUUCCUUUAUUCUGUGGAAGACUUAUUUUUUUUAAUUUCAAGAUUUACACCACUUCCUUCCAGCCUUUUUCUUUUAUUGGAGUUCUUGGAUGAAGAGGCUUUCUUACCAAAGGGCAGAUGGGAAGCUCUUUGAGCAGAGGCCACUAUAAAACUCUACAGCAGUUAUUCCUUCGAACUUUGUACAAAUUAUUGAUCUAAUAAUUUUCCUACCACUCCUUGGAAAGAAAAAAAAAAAGCAUAUUCCCAAGUAAUUGAUUUUUACCACUUUUGUAUGCCUUUCCUUUCUUUGGUGGGACUUUACUAACAGUCUGCUCCAGGGUAUUUUCAUUACUGACACUGGUGCCCUUUAAUAAAUAUUUCUCAGGAUAGAAUGCAUUGUUUUUUAGGUUUAGACUGCAACUGUCCAUGGUCACAGAAAUGAAGUCCAGGGAUCUUGGCUGAAGAAGCAGCUUUUCUUCUACAUUUACAUGUCUAGAUUUAUGACAGUCCUUUUUGGUGUCCAAGUCUUGUCAUUCACAAACCUCACCUAAAGCAGUUUAAAGCCAGCUAAAGCACUCUGGCAUUUAUUUGAUGUAGCAUAUUGGAAUCUACAUUUCUGAUGCCUGUAUUGGUAACACAUUUGUAGUUUGUUUUCACCUUGAUACUGUAUUACAAAUGUUUUCUCUAGAACUCAUGGUAGUACAUCAUGUGGUGUUGCCAGAACUGCAAGAGACAAGAUCAUCUUUAAUCUUUAUAGCUGGCAGCAUACAUUUUCUUUGUUACCUGCAGGUUAGUGCUGCUUCAUUGUUUGCCUUUGUAGUUACUUCUUCAGUAAUAAUGCCAUCCCUGUUUUCUUUACAGGUUGGGAGUGAUGAGUGCACAUGUAUUCUUGGUUUUGAAUCGGUUACUGAAUUUAAUGUAUACUGCUUUUGGUUAAUUUGAAUCAGAAGUAUACUAGUUACUGUAAGGGGCUCUCAGCAGUUCGUGACAGCUUGGAUGCCUUUCUUGAGAGCCCUAUCCCAGCAAAGCUGCACCUCCCUUCUCACUGAAAAAUUCUGGGUAUUGAGCCAGCCCCUAGUGUUGAACUCCUUUUUUGCCAGUUCUGCAGUUUGUGAAUUGAUGCAGAUUUCUUUCAUAAGAUAUUUCAUGCAUCUGAUAAUGGAAAAGUGCACAUUGCCUUUAGAGGGUGCUUGGGGUCACCAUAUCACUAGUCAGAACCCACUGGGAAAGGAACACAGCAUUAUUGACGUAAGAAUUGUCAGAAGUACCAGAGUUUUAAACUGGCUACUUGUCUUACUCAAAAUGAAAAGUUGGAGGUAUUUCUUAAUGCCACCUGGGUGAAUGCUGUGGAGGGAAGUCAGCUCAGGGCCUAGCAGUAAGAUUCUGCACCCCAUGCCAGGUAGGACUUUAUGAAGCUGGGGAAGGUCUCAGACAGUUGGAAGUUAGAGGGAGAGAUGGUAAGAUAUCACGAGUCUAAGCAGUGGCCAACGUCUCUUUCUUUUGCUGAGUUUGCAGUUUUGAUUGCCUAAAUCCCUUCAUGGACCAUUAGCUGUCAGAUAAAUAGUGAGCGAUUAAGGUACAGCCCAUCAGCAACUGAUGAAGGCAGAAUUUGCAGGAAUGGCAUCCUUUGAACAGUUACAUUUAGAAGCAAAGUCCAAGGGGACCUGACACUGCAGCUCUCACACUUAAAAACAGGUUCAGACAGUUAUUUCACAUGGAAACCAAUGUUGUUAGGGUGUAACGUAUAAAGGAUAGAGAUGCUGUCACUAUUUAUUUCACAGAUCAGGAUGUAGACUUAUCUGAAGGAAGUGUUAACAGAUGUACCAGCAGUCACAGAUGGCAGGAAGUGUCCAACCCAUGGUACCCAUGCACAGUGCCAGAGUAACAUGAAUGAUGAAUGGGGAAAGAGACAUAGUCAUAUCAAGUUACCCAUGAAGGUCAUGAAACUUUUGGACUGACCUAGUUUAAAAAAUGGUUAAUAGUGACUCAUCUUGUAGGAGAAUACAGUGCUCUAGUAGACACUGAGUUGCAUAAUGCAUCUGAUCAUGACUAGUGGAGUCUUUUGGAAAUUAUGCGUUUUUAUAACAUCAGCAUGUGAAAUUCAACAGACUGCACAUGAACUUGUCUGGAUUGUUGUUUAUAUAUGUGGUGUGGCUUAUUUUUGUGCCUCUCUCCCUUAGGACUGUUUUUGGUUUCUGUUCUAUUUGUGAAGUUGUUUUCGAAAGGAGUAUUACAUCUUAAACCUCUUAAGGAUGUAAUUUUGCAUUUGCAGGAUCCAAAUUUUGUCUUGGAACAUUUGAUAAAUCCUUCACUUGAGCUACACUUUUGAUUCUCUUAAAAUUUUUGACUUGCAAAAAGUCCAUAUCAGUAGCCAUAAUCUUAGCAGGACAGCUUCACAACUGCAGGCUUUGACAUGUUCCCAGAUCUGCAGAGUGGCCUUGUCUACCUAUACAUUCUCCAUGAUGUGAUUCAUGUCAGAUAAUCCCCUGAAAAAAAAAAUCAGUUGCCAUCAUUUUGCCAUCAUUCUGGGGAAAGGAAUCCUGACUAUAUAUUUACAAGGAGAUGGUGUUGAGCUAUUCUUUCUCUGAAUUCUUUUGCACCUGAAAAGGCAGAAUUUUUCCAACAGUUGAAUGGAGUGUAUUAGUGUCUGCCACGAUUCAUCUGCAUACACCAUUCUGGAUCCAGUAAAGACUCACAGUGCCAAAAGGUGCUACUGUAUCUGCGACCGUUUCCAAGGUCGUAUGAUAUUGAAGAAGCAGCAGCAUGGUCAUCUGUUCAUAGUUUAUGACUGCAUUACAUGGUAAAGGGUUUAUUACAGCAGUCACUUGGUUGUGUUUUCAAAACUGGUGUCAGGCCAGCUAUUGAAUACCUAGAAAGUUACUUUAACCAACCACUGCAUAUGCCAGGGCCAGCAUAAAUUAUCUUUAUAGUCUCUAGAUCUUUAUCUUGGGAUUGUCACUAGUCAAUAACUAGUUUCUGUAAGUUUAGUAUCAGUUACUUAAGGCAGUUGUAUGCAGUGAAUAGAGCACUUGGAUAUUUCUGUCUAGUUCUUCCUCAUGCAGGUUUUCUGAUACCCCCUAGCUCUUCUGUUCACGGCUGUGUGUAUUCUUUUCCCAAUGCACAGCAUUUUGUCAUUGAUGUUAGCGAGAAAGUGAAGUGAACUCAGUAUGACUCCCAUUUUCUUUUUACGGUUCACACAGUUCAGAUAUUGGCCUAAAAUGCAUCAUUUGGAAUGUUCUCUUAUUCUGUACCAGUGGGGACAGUAGCCAUCAUAAUAUAA